CUGUGAUGUUGUGAGCGAUCGUGUAAUGCAUUCUCUCUUCACAUCCAAUACUUUAUACUAUUAUAUAUACCACAAGAAUCUCAGUAUCGGUUCGAUUGCCUCAACACUAAUCGUCUCGAAAAAGUUUUUUUAAACAUAAGUUUUGUGUUCAAUACUUGUGUUGUUUGAGUGCAUCGGAAGAAGAAAUAAGUUAUUGAAAUAAAGUUUUUGUUUGUUUGGUAUUUGUUUUCGUCGACACAAUUAGUUGUGUUUUACAUUUUGUUUGAUAAUCGGUUGGGAAAAGGAGUCAAAACUGGCUCCUUUGACAGAGAUCGCGACCACAACGACUACUUACCACCAGAAGCCUUAUCUGAUUCCGUCCUUCUCUGAGUCCAUCACAAGAACAGGUCUGGAUUUCAUGAGAGCCACCGCUUUGGCCACACCAUCGCCAUCGCCAACGCAAUCAGAAGCGCUGUCUUUGAUAAACAAACCGACCAUCAGUUGUACGUCACCUAAGAAUCAAACGACAAUCAGUAAUCAAAACCACAAUAAGACAAUCAAGAGAUCAAACGGUUUCUCGAUUGCGAACCUUGUUUUCAACGAAGACAGGGAUAGGGAUAGAGAUAUGGGAAUACUUGAAAGAUGUGAUCCAAACAACAUAUUAAGUGACAAAAUAUCGGCGAUUGACGAACGACUCAAAUCGGAUCUCUAUAAAGGAGUCGUGUCUCCCGUUCACAGCAGGUCUGACAUCGACGACGACGACGACCUCAGCAUCAAAGUGGAUGACGACGACAGACAACACUCGGAUGACGACGACGAGAACCCUCGGCGACCCCUAAGUGGUGGCCAUACGGUGGAAGCGGACGGCCAUAUCAUGCGUAACGAUCACUCCGACGACUUUCCCAAACGAAAACAGCGCAGAUAUCGGACAACAUUCACCAGUUUUCAGUUGGAAGAGCUCGAGAAGGCCUUCUCCCGCACCCAUUAUCCCGAUGUCUUCACGAGUGUUUUCGUCUCAGAGGCUAUAAUCGGUUAG